UCCUGUCAGGAAGUUCCGGAGUUCAAAUCCCGACCGCGUAAAAAAGAAAAGCUAGUUUGUGGACUAGUUAGCGAGCUGUCUAGUUUUGUUACGUGACUGGCUACUGAGAACAGCCAUUUAUAUUUAAAUUUAUGUAUUUGAUUCCUAAUACUCCAAUCACAAACGCUACGCUUAUCGUUUCUCACUCUGUGAGACAAGCUAUGUAGCUACUACUUGCUAACAAUGUUAGCUAGCUAGCCAUAGUAGAAAUACGAUAGCCGAAUGCCAGCUGUGCUUUCCGAGAACUUUAAAGUGAACAGAUAUUUUUGGGAUUGGGGUCCAGUUGGCUUGCUCAAUAAGUUAGUUCCCGGGUAAUAUGUAAAAUAAGUUAGCUAAAUGAUAGACCUUCUAGUUAUAUAGGCUAGCAGUAGCAGCCAACAUUUGGACUUUUAAAAUGAGCGUUUGCAGUCAUACUAUUACUAACGCUAAGAUCAACCAUGGCAUGUAGUGGGGUUUUAGAGUCACUAACUGAAGACCCUCGGGUGUCUCUCUUACAUUCGACGUUGGAACCGUUUUUUGCUGGUAAAACGCUGACACUAAAAUGUCAUGCCCCUGUGGCUGUCAUAGCACUCCAGAGACAUUUGUCUGCGCAGCAAAAUACUGGAUCUCAGCAGGCACCUGAUAGUUACAACUUUGACAUAAUUGUAACAGACGGGGUCUGCCAGACGAAAUGCCUCCUUGAUCAAGGGUUAAAUCAUUUGGUCCACAAAAACGUCCUUCGGAGUGGAAUCGAUAUCCAUAUAAACCACUGCUCUUUUAUUCACAACGAGAGGAGACUGGGUCAAAGUUUUGUUUGCAUCAACAGGAUCGAAUGUGGUUCACCGUUACGGGAGUCUAAUAUUUUACUUAAGAUAAACGACCUUGAUUCUAUCCCUAUGCUGUCUAAGAACGGCUUGGGUGACAUUUCACUUCAGAACGAUGCACCCCUUCAAAUUGGUCGCAAGCAUUACCUGGCCCUGUGGAACAACGAGGAUCCCGAGGGCGCGGUGUGGCUCCCAAAUAUCAAUCCGCCAGAUGUAGUCCUGGAUGUUUCCAAUAUUCUGUUCCUCCGGGAUCUGGAGUCGUCACUUGGAAACGCGCCGCGACCCAUCCCCAUCAUAGCGAGGGUCAUUCACAAGGCCAGGCUACGGUAUUAUGGAAAAUAUGGACUCAAGAUUGACUAUCCAUUCCAGGCAUACUUUGAGGUUGCUGACCAGAGUGGAACGAUGUCUGUUGUCCUCUGGAAUGAGCUGUGUCUUGAGUGGUACCAGAGAUUGCACGUAGGAACUGUGCUCUACCUCCAGAACUACACCCUCAAGCCAGGCUAUCCCAACAGGUCACGUCCCCACAUCAACAGCACAAUGAAGUCCUUCCACUCCGUAGAAAUCUGUCUGAAUGCUCGUAAUCCAACUGCCAGUGUAACUGUUGUCCCACCCAAAAGUGUGUCCUUCCAGUGGGGUCUGCCAGAGGUGGUCUAUAGCUUCACUCCCAGAUCCGAGUUGGAUAAUUUGUCUGACAAUUCUGCCUGUGAUGUCAUUGGCCUGGUAACUUUCGUUGGUCGAGCAGAGAGAGUGAAGCAUUCUGGGACCACUGGCCCGGAGAAAUACUGGACUUACCGCUGGGUACAUGCAGUCGAUGGAACGUCAAACCUCCCGUUCAUUUUGGAGAUAUUUGCUUCUUCGCAACCAGAAAUGUUCAAUGGAAUAUGUCCAAUGACGUACUUGGUUUGUACUCAGAUGAGAAUGUGCCGUGUGGAAGACUGUCUUCCCUACCUCACCAGCAGCUGUGAGACUCAGAUCUUCAUCACAGGGUUUCACAGAGGCCAGCCUUACGUGGGUGACCCCUGUGUCCGGAGCUUCAUCCAGUGGACCAAGACACAGAGGGACAGCGUCAUUCUGAGAAGAACUGCUGUGGGCGGACAUUACUGCUACCCUCCCGCCCCCCGCAUCUUCACUCAGUCUGUCACAGACGGCUCUGCUGAAGUACCUCUGGUAGCUGCUGAUGAGCUGAAGAGAGAGUUGGAGUCACUUCAGUAUCGGGAGCACAAAAGACUGGCAAUUCAAGGCCGGAUCAUGGCUGUGCAGUACCGUAACCUGCCAGUGGAGGCACAGACGGACCAGGGACAGACAGUCCAGUGUGUUGGUGUGUGCGAGGCAGCUGAAGCUGAGCCAGAAACACAGAUGAACAGGGAAACACUGCCCUCUUGUGGCAAGAACUGGAACAUCGGGCAGAAAAGAAAACUACCCAGGAGAGAUGGGAGGAGAUUCUACACCACUCGUUCACGGACGAAAGCAGGAAGUGAGACUGGACAUGGUUCUGCAGUGGAUGAGCCAAUGGAUCAUGAGGGAAGGGAGGAGGAGGAGGAAGAGGAAGAGGUUCUGGCAGAGGGUGGCACCGACCCCACCAGUCAUCUGGUCUCAACUGAGGGGGGCGUGCCCUCAUGGGAGAGCCCUUCCUGGCCAGCACUGAAGAGAGACGUGGCCGUGCACCUGCACCCUGCUGGACUGGACGCUGAAAACUUCAGUCACAAGUUCAGAGUUCACGACCAGCAGCUCCUCCUGCAGCUGGUCAACCUCCACCCUGCCCGAUGGAGACGGGAGCAGACCCCAGAGACACGGGCCCCGCUGAGUCACCAUGGGUACUACCAUCUCACCAUACUAGGUAUAAACCAGCAGGUUGCCAUGGACGCAGCCUUCCUCCCUGUGAUGUCUUCGGAGGAUCCCAGGGCUGUGGGUUUACCUCAGGAUCCCCAUGACAACAGCUUGUUGUCCUGUCUGAGCGCGGGCUUCCUCUGCCCGCUGGGUGACCCCCAAAGCCUGAGCGAGACCACCACGCAUGACCCAGAGGAGAUUUUAUCAACUGCAGAUGAGCUACAGGAGACCCCUGUGGUGUGCAUCCUGGACCUCUGCCAUCUAGGAGGAGACAGGAUGGAAGUGGUCAUCAACAAGGUGUACAGGACCAAAGAUGUGGCUCUGAUCUAGGAAGUGGUGUUCAGAUGACAAAUGAUCACCUGUGUGUGUAUGAUCACCUGUGUGUAUAUGCAAAAUACCGUUUUUUAGUAUUUAAGGCUCAUUUUACAACUAAUAAAAGUUGUAUUUUUAAGGAAUAUUCCUAAAUUAAA